AUGACACCAGCGCCUCCGCAGGCCUGCGCCCGGAGCAACCCUACGCACAGGCUGAGUGCCAGGGGCUGGUGUUUCGCUGGGAUGUUCCUGGCAGCGAGCUCGCCUGGGUUCUCCGGCCAGGCCAGCCUGUCUCCACAGCUGUCCCUUGUUCUCAGCGUGGCCUGCGAGAGCUCACACCUGCCUGCUCGGGUGACAGGUGUGAAAGGCAGGACCCUGCACAUCGCGUCCCUCGCAAGUUCUUUCCCGUCCAAACCUCUGGCCGUGACCACGGCAGCCAGCCAGCCCCUGUCGGUGUGGGCGGACGCCCACCUCCCAGGAGCAGCCAUGCUGCGAGGCGCCUUCGUGCUUUGGAACCUCACCUUCUUCGACGUGGAGAGGAGCCUGGCACGCAGGCUGCAGCAGAACACGCAUUACCCCUUCCAGGUGCAGCAGCCCAAUGUGUUCGUCAUGGAGUAUUACAAGGACACGCUGUGGAAGGGGGCCCUGAUCUUCCUGCUCUGUGUCCUGGGCGGGGUCUUCUACUUGAAGAGUGAGAAGGUAGGAGAGCCCCUGGCUGGUCCCAGGCCGUGCCCCAGAGCCCCACGCCAGCCCCGUGUCCUCACCCCGGCUGGGCCCCAGGGGCUGCUACUUCCCCAUCCGGGGAGCCAGGACCAGCGGGUGCCUCUAGCUCGCUUCCCCCCCCCCGGCUCUGGGUCUUGGCUCCCGGGUCCGUCCCCGCAGGUCUCCCAGGAUUACUUCGGCUUCUUCGUCUACGGGAUCCUGGUUGGGUUCUGGCUGUUCCUCAGCUCCAUGCACAAGCGGCACCUGAUCAUCAACCACGCCCGGGGCUGCUACCAGAUCUACAUCAAGAGGCGGCUGUGGGAGGAGGGGCCCCUGCACCAGAUCUACGUCCGGCUGAUGGCCCAGACGGACGCCUACGGGAAACGCUUCUACAGCCUCAUCAUCAACGGCCACGGGCUGGAGGUGCUGACCCUGGCCAGCCUGUCGAACCAGUACGAGGUGAGCAACCUGGCCUGGCCCUGCCCCCCCGGCAUGGCAGGGAGCCGUGCCGGGCACCACGCUGGAGCCCACAUGCUGUGCCUGGCGCAUGUCACCACUGCAGCCAUGAGCCCGCUGUGA